AUGGACGCCAUGGACUGCAGACAGCACCUGAGAGUGUCAGCAGGAAGGAUGAGGUGGUGGAGGGAGGUGGACAUGUGGAGAGGCAGCGAGCAGCAGAGGAGAGAGGGAGAGGAGGAGGAGGAGCUGGUGGAGGUGCUGCUCCGAGGCAAAGCACCCUGGGGCUUCACCCUGAGGGGAGGCAGCGAGCACAGAGAGCCUCUGCUCAUCACCAAGGUGGAGGAGGGCAGCGUGGCGGCGGCAGUGUGUCUCCAGGCUGGUGAUGAAAUGGUGAGCGUGAACGCCGUCCCCCUCAGCGGCUCCCGUCAGGAGGCCAUCUGCCUGGUGAAGAGCUCCCACAAGACCCUGACCCUGGUGGUCCGAAGAAAGAAUGAUCCAGGCUCACGGCCACAUUCCUGGCACUCCUCCAAGCUGACAGAAGAGGAGUCCGAGCACGCCAGGCGAGAGGCCGCCCCAGCACCAGUCUGGCAGCCAAAGCAUGAAGCGAGGCCCAAAGACUCAUCAAAUCAAGGGGACCAGAGCACCCAGCGUCAGCUAACCAGCCAGUUCACCUCAGCGAACAACAUGGAGAGACUGGAGCGUCCCUCGCAUCCCUUCUCACCAGGUCAUCUCUCCCCGACCAAAUACAUCAGCAGUACCGAGCCACACUGUGGACCAGGAGGCAAAAGAGACUCUGGGUUCAGCUGUUUCACCAGCACCAGCCCUCCUGGUCAUGACCUCAGCACAUCUGAUAGGAAGGGAACCAGCGCUGAAAACAUUUUCUUCAAGGGCCCCCAGAGUGAAGGGCCUCAGCAGGCAGAGAGGCCCAGGUACCUGCAGCCGGCGCUGGGGAACGGGAGCUGGGAUGAGCAACCUGCCUCUCGGGUCUCCGUCGCAGGGAGGCCCAGUAUCAGCCCAGUGUGGCAGGUACCAGAGAAGAAGAAGUCCCAGUCUCCUCCUCCCCCACCCCCUCCCCUGCGCAGUGACAGCUUUGCUGCCACAAAGGUGUUCCCUUUCUCUGAAGGGCCUGGUGGUCCAGCAAAGAGUCAUGGCAGGUCAGUUGAAAAGCUUACAGAAAAUAACCAGAAUAGCCUCAGAUCUCAUCAGGAGAAAACCUCAGAGGCCAGACGUAGCUUCAACCCCCUGCCCACCAAAGACUUCCUCCAUCCCAACAUGGCAGCUGACCACAACCACAACCAGCUGCACCCCAACAAACUCUUCUCCUUGUCCAGCAAUGAUGUCAGACAGCCUCAUUACACCAAACUACCUGCCCACCAGAGGCAGUACAGUGACGAAAGCCCCCUCUACCUGCAGACCAGGACAGCUCCUCCAACCAAGAUUCAGAGUGUAGGAAGCUACUACCGCAGCCUCCAGGAUCUGCCCACAAACGGCUUUGGCCGCAAACAGGUCCGGCACUCUACAGCAUCUGUUGCAAGCUCUGCUGCGAAUCUGGAGAAUGGAGGGCACAACAGAUACUUCGCUUUGGCAGGGAAGCAUACGGUUCAGACUGCUGACCUCCAGGCCAGGCAGGGCAAAGCAGAGGGUCUGAGGGGGGACGCAGAGAAACCUCACUGGGUAAACAGCAAUGAACCAGGCUUCCCCAGUUCCCUUAAGACAAACGUGAAGGCAAAAUACUCUCUACCUCAGUCCCAGCUGCCUUAUAGUGAAGAUAAGGAGCGCAGUGGCCAUUCCCAGCUGGGGAAUGGUCUACAUUAUGACCACCAAACCUCUGAAGUUUGUGUUCGAGGCCUGGAAGAUGCUGCAAAGAGAGGUGAAGGACACGCUAAUGACCUAAAAAGUCACUUCCCAACACAUCAGAGUAAUGAUCAUAAGGCCAUAAGGCACCAAGACCCAUGGGUGCCACAAGAUGAUCACCGAAUAUCCCGUCUGAAAACCCCACUUCUGCACUCCCUGGCCCAGGAGAGUAGGAGUCUGGCUGUGAGGCAACCAGCAGCUAUGACCACCCAGGAUGCCGGUGACACCAUGGCCGCCAGUGGGGGAAAAUCUAACCGCCGCAGUGACCGUUACGCCACCACUCUCCGCAAUGAGAUCCAGCAGAAGCGAGCCCAGCUGCAAAAGAGCCGCAGCGCUGCAACCCUGACAUGCGAAGCCGAGGACGAGGAGGCCGAGGAGUGGAGAUCUACAAAAACUUCCUCUGGUGUCUCUUUCUCCAGCACCUACAAGGACCACCUCAAAGAGGCGCAGGCAAGGGUCCUUCAGGCCACCUCCUUCCAGAGACGAGACCUUGAGCCUCUCGGACCAGAGGUGCCGGUAGUUAAAACCUCCAAUGGACGCAUUAGAGGACGUAAGCGCUUCCCCCUGGCCAAGAGGAUGCACUCCUUCUCAGAGCCUGACAAGAUAGACAAAGUGGGAGUGGAGGGAGAACCUCAGACCGGGUCUUUCGGAGAGCGCAGAAAGUUCUUUGAGGCCAAACCAGCAUUUUCCAGGCCUGUGCUGAAGUCCAGUCAGGGAACAAACUUGAACGCAGACCUUGGUGAGAAACCCAAAGAGAGAACUCCCUCUGGAGAGCCAGAGGGAGUUCACCCCUCUGCAGACCCCAAACACCUCAGUCCCGGACAUAAGCAGGUCCUGCUAGAGCAGCAGAGGCUUGGGACCUUCGCUGAGUACCAGGCCACAUGGAACAAACAGAAGAAGUCAUCAGAGGCCAAGACGCAAGGGAGGUAUCAUUCAGCAGAGAACAUCUUGGACGCAGAUGCCGAGGAGAAGGCUGUGUGCAUCCAUGAGAGGUCCCGAUCUUCCCCCUCUGCGGACUUCUAUACACAGAACAUUCCUUCAGCAUGGAGAGACCCUCACAGCCAGCAGAGCACUUACAGAGGAAAAACAGAGAGCAGGCAGCGCUACCAGCCCGACCACAGCCCACAGCCAGCCCCGUCAGUCCCCAGAAACGAGGGCCUGGUCCCAGGCCUCGCUGACCACAGGCCCAAACCAGACGCUGCCAAUCCCUCACACACUACACACUGCUCAGGCCCUCGCAGCCUCAGCCCCAACCCCGGCUCCCAGCCUCCACAAAUCCAGGGCCUCCUGCCGCCGCCGCCCAGGCCCCAUUUAGGCCCAGAAACCACAUCCUCCUCCCAGGAAUUCCUCGCUGGCGCCCAGGCAGCGCAUCAGCCUCUGUCCAGCUGCAGCUCUGACACCCAGCACCACGCUGCUGCCCAGAACUCCUCCGCCGGCCCCGCCCCGGCCAGCUCCCCUCACCUCGGCGGGACGUCCACAGCAGAUAUGAGCAGAGGAGGUGUAGACGGCGAGGUGGAGAGGGAGCAGCCGCCCUCCUUGACACCAUCUCUGACUCUACCCACAGAUGGAGCGCGGUCUCCCUCGCCACAGUUUGCACCGCUGAGACUGACCGACAAGCCGCCAGUGGUGAUCGUGCAGGAUGAGUCGACGCUCAGGUCAGACAAUGAUCUGAAGCCCUCAGCUGAGAUGGAUGUCAGCAGUCCGGUGAGGAAAGUCCCCGUGAGGAUCGUCCAUGCUGAGAGCAGCCUGGAGCGACAGGGCAGGACCUACCUGCUUCAGAGCAGCAGCGACACCUGCAGCGCCUUCCAGCCGCCGGCCAACAUCCCCUCCCUGAGCACCUCAGAGCGCCCGGCCUCGUCCCUGUUCAGCGCCUACACCCGCCAGGCCGCUCAGGAUCAGCUCCAGGAGUCAGUCCCUGAGUCAAAUUCAUCCGAGGCUCGACACUCAGAGGAGGACGCCAAGAGAGAGGAGCUGGCCAGAGACAUCAUGGGGAAAGACAAGACGCUGGUGGACAUCUUGGACCAGAGCGGCAGGAUGACCACCAUGGACCUGAUGGAGGGACUCUUCCCCAGGGAGGAGCAGAUCCUGGAGGGGGCGCUUCAGCGCAGGAGGGCCUCGUCUGGCUCCAGACUGCCCACCUCUUCCCCCAGGAGUCUGGACAGGAGGGAGGAGGAGGACCUGUCCGUAUCAGCCACCACCUCCCUGGUCCCCAGCUCCUCCUACUACAACACAUCAGCUCCCAAAGCCGAGCUCCUCAUCAAGAUGAAGGACAUGCAGGAGCAGCUGGAGGAGCAGGACUCUGAGGACGAGCUGGACGUCGACCUCGCCAGUAAAAAGCAAGAGCUGAUCUCCAGCCUGGCGAAGAAGCUGGAGGUGCUGCGGGAGGCGCGGCAGAGCCUGCAGGAGGACGUGGAGGACAACGAGGCGCUGGGCCGGGAGGUGGAGGCCACCGUGCAGCGCCUCUGUCAGGCCAACCAGCUCGACAAGUUCUGCAUGUUUGUGGGCGACCUGGACAAGGUGGUGAGCCUGCUGCUGUCACUGUCGGGGCGGCUCGCCCGCGUGGAGAACGCUCUCAACACCCUGGAGGACGAGGCGUCGCCGGAGGAGAAGCGGACCCUGACAGAGAAGCGUAAGCUGCUGAUGCAGCAGCACGAGGACGCCAAGGAGCUGAAGGAGAACCUGGACCGUCGGGAGCGGCUGGUUUCCAGCAUCAUGGAGGCCCACCUGGACGCAGAGAGCCUGGACGACUACCGCCACUUUGUGAAGAUGAAGUCGGCCCUCAUCAUCGAGCAGCGCAAGCUGGAGGACAAGAUCAAGCUGGGCGAGGAGCAGCUCAAGUGCCUGGUGGACAGUCUGCCGCUGGAGCAGAGGCCGCUGCUCUGAUACUGCUCGGGAUCAAGAUGGAGGCACCAGGUCGUGGACAGUUUCUGCAUUUGAGGGGGCUACAUGUAGCAUUUUGAUAUUAACGUUAAAUCGUGUCUGAGGUCAUGGCUGAGAGGAUUCCAUGCAAAACUACAUUUCCCAUGGGGCUCUUCAUCGAAUAGUUCUGGGAACUGAAGAGCCUCCGGAACUAAAUUAGGUCAGUUAGGCCGAUGAUUGGUUUGAAAACUACGGCUUCUUUGAGGCCCAGUUUUUGCACAACGAUGAGACAACAACACAGAGACAUCGACUUAUUCCCGUCAAAUCUGAGGCCGAGGAGUUCAAGUAUCUCGGGGUCUUGUUCACGAGUGAGGGUAGAAUGAAGCAUGAGAUGGAUCAGUGGUUUGGUGCGGUGUCUGCAGUGAUGUGGGCACUCCGCCGGACCAUCAUGGUGAAGAGGGAGCUGAGCUGUAAGUCGAAGCUUUAGGUUUACCGGUCCAUCUACGUCCCAACCCUCACCUAUGGUUAUGAGCUCUGGGUAGUGACCGAAAAGAUGAGAUUGCGGAUACAAACGGCCGAAAAUUUGUUUCCUCCGAAGGGUGUCUGGGCUCAGCCUUAGAGAUAGAGGGAGGAGCUCGGAGUAGAGCCGCUGCGCCUUCCAGUCUACAGGUGAGGUGGUUCAGGCAUCUGAUCAGGAUCCUCCUGGGCGCCUCCUGUUAGGGGUGUUCUGGGUACGUCUGAUUGAUUGGAGGCCUCGGGGCAGACCCAGAACACACUGGAGGGAUUAUAUAUCUCAUCUGGCCUGGGAACACCUUGGGGUCCUCCAGGAGGAGCUGGGAAGUGUUGAUGGGGAGAGGGACGUCUGGAGUACCUUGCUAAGCCUGCUGCCCCUGCGACCCGGCUUCAGAUAAGCAGAUGAAAAUGGAUAAUUCACAUCUGUGCUGUUUAAAUGGAUACUGUACAGAAGACAUAGUGUUCUCUGAUUCAUUCUCCUGCUUUAGUUCGCAGAGACUUGCAGGUGAAGUUCCUGAGUUCAACACAGAAACUUUUUCUAGUAUCAAACACAGUCAAUGCUAAAGCGUAAACUGGUCACUAUUGGAGGGGUUUGUAUCACCAAAGACUCCAAGCUGAGCCUUCACUCUCCAGAAACAUCCAACCUGUGGUCCCUGACUACGUUUACAUGCAGACUAAUAUUAGUCUGCAUGUAAACGUAGUCAUAAAACUUUAAUUUAGAAUCAUAUCUGAUUGUAUUCACCCCCACUGGAGACGACAAUGUGAAAAUGAAGUGCAGCGAUUAAACUGAACAAAAAUUUAAACGCAACACUUUUGUUUUUACAAGUUUAAGUUUAAGAUCUGAGACUUUUUUAUGCUCUCGACAGAUUAAUUUCUCUCAAACUUUUGUCACAAAUGUGUCAGAUUGAAGCCCUGUGUGACUUCAGGCUGUCCCAGACGAAAGACGACCACCAUGAAAGAAACAUGGCAAUAUCUUUAAGAUGGUCGACUGCUGUUAGCACCUUCGUCUACUAACCAACCAAUAGAAAUGCAGCAUGAAAUGACGCACUGGCGCUAAACCCAAACAAACAGACAGAUAGCAGCUCGACAUGGAAGCAAAUCACGCUAAGAGACAUGUGUGGGACUGUAGGACAGUUUAUUAACACAUAUUUAUGGAUAUUUUUUCAGACAAUUUAAUAACAUGUUUUGGAUAAUUUAUCAACAUAUUUUUCGACAGUUUAUUAAUAUUUUUUGGACCAUUUAAUAAUAGUUUUCUGACAUUUUAUCAACAUUUUUCCUGAGAUUAUGUGGACCUUUUAAUAACUUUUUGUUUUGGACAUUUUAUUAACAUAUUUUUCGAAUAUUGUAUCCACAGUUUUAAUUUUAUUAAUUAUAUUGGGCAUUUUAUUAACUGUUUUGGACAAUAUAAUAUUUUCAGACAUUUUAUCAAAUUUUUUUGGGACUUUUUUGACAUUUUUUUGGACACAAUAAAAACAUUUCUUUCGACAUUCAAAUAAUAUUUUUUGGACAUUUCAUCAACAUUUUUUGUGACUUUUGAUCUUUUUUGGACUAACAUUUUUUUGAACUUUUUUUUUUUCCAGACAUUUAAAAAAAAAAUUUGGACCAUUUAAAAAUGUAAUUUGACAUUUCAUUAACCUUUUUUAUAUUUUUGUUUUUUUUUACAUUUUAUCAACAUUUGUUCAGACAUUUUUUUGGAAAUUUUUUAUACUUUUUUUGACGCUUUAAUAUUUGUCAAUAAUAUGUUUUGGACAUUUUAUCAACUUUUUUUUUAAAAAAAUAGAUUUUUACAGUGAUAAUAAUUGUAUUAAUGUUAUUAAUGUGAGCCUCUAUGUUGGGCUUCACAGUUAUGAGAAGUAAUAACCUGUGCAGCAGCACUGCAGCAUGGAAAGCUGUUGCAUCGUACAUCGUAGCCUGUGAUUCAGUCGGCGCUGUCAUCGUACAGUCUGCAGACAUCACAUUUAAUUUCGUCCCCUAGUUCAUCAGAUCCAUGAUGCACAGUGUCACUGCACGAAAUUUAAAAGUUGGCUUAAAAGAGUGUCCUUUAAUUGUGACCAUCCCGACACACCUGUGAGGUAAUGAUGCUGUGUAAUCAGCAGCUGAUCAGACACACCUGUCAGGUGGAUGCUGGAAAAGGAAAAGAGCUCACUGACAGAUUUGGGACAAACAUUUGAGAGAAAAGUAUCUGCUGAGUGCAAAAAAAAGGUCUUAAAUCUUUAACUUAAACGUGUGAAAAGAAGUAAGCAAAAGUGUCGCGUUUAAAUAUCUGCUCAGCGUUUAUUCCCUCAUCUCUUUAGUGUUCCCAGUCUCCCUUUGUUAUCUGUGUGUCUGAACUGUUGUGUUGAAGCUGCAUGUCGAGCUGCGUGUGGCUGGCGUGUCAUUAAUCACCAUCAGGUGUGUUAUCAGUUUUGUUUUAUAGUAAUUUAUUGUAGCCUUUUUGAAAACUUAAAUGGAGAACGGGGAAACGUUUCCCCAGUAAUUUAUUUUCACUCAUGACGUCACGUUUGUUUUCUAAUGAACUGAAAUGAAGAGUUUGUUUCCUCUUGUCAGAUAUAAUUUAGCUCUCCUGCUUUCACAACAGACCUCUCUGUGUAGUUUAUUAUCCUCUGAAGGUCGACGUCACUUUUACACUUUUCAUAUUGGAGUGAAACUCUUUAAUUGAAGCUAGAAGAAGACGAUGUUGACUCUCCUUGUUGUUUUCUACACAAUAUUAUUCUGCUGGUUUUCUUCACACUUGGUGCUUUUAGCUGAAGCGCUCAUCACCUCCGAACUCCUGACUGACGGAUCUUUUCUACUUCCCUCUGAGUGAACGCACCGAGGCACAGCUGUGGAAGUUCAUCUGAAAGUUAGCACUUUACUCUCGACAUAUAUGAACAUGAAUAUAUAUCUAUAUUUAUUUGAAGACGUGCCUACUGUAGCCUCCCACCACUGUGAACCUCACAGACUGACGUGGGUGUACCCCAGGGUGCUGUGUGCGGCCCACACUCACUACCUGUAUGCAGUGCACUCUGUCACCAACUUUCAAAGCAAUAAAAUC